AGAGCCCCAGCUCUCUCACCCCGUUGCCCUAGGGGAGCUGUUCCUGCCCUCUGAUCAUCUUUGCGGCCUCCUCUAGACUUGUUUCAAUGGCUCCCUGUCCUUGUGUCAGCUGCCUCACUCAGCUUGGUAUCGACUGCAAUGUGAUGACCGUGCACAGGAUUUCACUGUCCAUGUUGCCUAUAAAGAUGUUACAUGGCACCGGUCCCAUCACGAGUCCCGGGAUGGACGCUAGAUGGAGCUUUCUGAACACAGAUUCACGGGUGGACACUGCUGAUGAUUCAAUGCUAGUAUUCCUCUCUCCGAACGCAGAGGUGCUCUUUUCCAGCUAAAGGAACCCCAAAACCACUGUCUGCCCCUGGAGCCAGUUCUGUCCCACUCACCGACCUGCUUUGCGGCACUGAGUGCCACCAGCGUGGUUUUGCAGCCCUGGAGCAUCACCGUUUCCCCAUGGGCAUCCCCAAGGCCAUUGAACACAGCACAUUUUUCCACGCUGGUGCAGGGAUGUGCCGGCUGCUGUGAAGGGGUGUGCAAACCUGAGCACACUGCACUGCUCAGAUGGCAAAGCUGCAGGCAGCACGGCUCCCCAGGUGCGACACAUGUCCCCACACUCUGACCUUCUGAAAAUAACCCAGGGUCAAUUCUGCUUUGGCACAGGAUAGGGCUCCAGCCUCAGUGCACAGCACCCAUCAGGCAGUGCUCCCCUCCCUCCCCUCCCCAGAUCACUGCGUGUCUCUGAAGAACCACUGCUGCUUCUCCCGUGCAACGUUAUAAGGCAGCAAGGCACCCGCUGGACGUUUUAAAGCCAGCAUCUCUUGAUGCAGCUCUUCACUGCCUAUUUACCAUAUCAAAAGCAGCACAAAACCUGAAUGCCUGCCGCAAAAUAACUCAGGCCAGGGCUGCCCUGAAUCGCUGGGCAGGCAGUGGGAGCAGCAUCCUCCUACGGCAGCGAUGCCACGAGCAUGCCCGCUCCCCAGGGAGCCCUGCCAGGAGCCGUGAGGCCGCGCUCCCCUUUCCCAGCCCCGCGCCCGCUGCCCAGCCCCAGCACAGCGAGAUGGAGCUGCCCCGGGAGUGAUGCUGCUUGCCGAGCCCAUGUGAUGCUGGGCUAGCGCGGCUCCUCCAUCGUCCCCCUCCGCUCACAGGCUGUCAUGGCGACUCCCAAUAACGUUACUCCCACCAACUGCAGCUGGUGGCCCAUCUCGGCGCUGGAGAACGACGCGGGGAAAUCCAAGGAGGGGGAGGAAAAUCAGGAUCCGACGGACCCCGCUCUCAGAUCCCAGGACAGGCUGGUUUUGUACCACUGGACCCAGUCCUUCAGCUCCCAAAAGCUGUCCCUCUGUGCCCCGCUGCAGGUGCGCUUGGUCAUCGCUGAGAAGGGGCUGCCCUGCGAGGAGCGCGAUGUCAGCAUGCCGCUGCUGGAGCACAAGGAGCCCUGGUUCAUGCGGCUCAACCUGGGCGAGGAGGUGCCCGUCAUCAUCCACCGGGACAACAUCAUCAGUGACUACAACCAGAUCAUCGACUACAUGGAGAGGAACUUCACAGGAGAGAACGUCCCCCAGCUGAUCCCUGAACCCGGGACCCUGCUGCACUCGCGGGUGUUGCAGUACCGGGAGCUGCUGGACUCACUGCCCAUGGAUGCCUACACACAUGGCUGCAUUCUGCACCCCGAGCUCACCACCGACUCCAUGAUCCCAAAGUACGCGACCGCUGAGAUCCGCAGGCAUUUGGCUAAUGCCAGCACGGAACUGAUGAAGCUGGACCACGAGGAGGAACCACCGCUGACAGAGCCAUACCUCUCCAAGCAGAAGAAGCUCAUGGCCAAGAUCCUGGAGCACGACAACGUGAAUUACUUGAAGAAAAUCCUGGGGGAGCUGGGAAUGGUGCUGGACCAGAUCGAGGCUGAGCUGGAGAAGAGGAAGCUGGAGUACCAAGGGCAGAAGUGUGAACUUUGGCUCUGCGGAUGUGUCUUUACCUUGGCCGAUAUCUUGUUAGGAGCUACCCUGCAUCGCCUCAAGUUUCUAGGACUCUCUAAGAAAUACUGGGAAGAUGGCAGCAGACCUAACCUACAGUCCUUCUUUGACAGGAUACAGAAACGCUUUGCCUUCAGGAAAGUCUUGGGAGACAUACACACCACGCUGCUCUCCGCAGUGGUACCCAAUGCCUUCAGGCUGGUCAAGCGGAAACCUCCCUCCUUCUUCGGAGCCUCCUUCCUGAUGGGAUCUCUGGGGGGAAUGGGAUAUUUUGCUUACUGGUACUUAAAGAAAAAAUACAUCUAAUGCUGGCAGCUUGGUGUUUAGAUUGGUGUCUCUGUGCUGUGUGAAAUUAUGACGAAGCCUCAGUAACUGUAAUGAAAUUUGAGGCAAGGUAUGAAUAAUAAUAUUGUUUAAUGUAACAUUCCAUAGUCUAGAAGUAGAAAAGUAUACUGCAAGGAAAUAACAGCAACAAAAAUGCAUCAACUUGUAAAUGCCUUUUUAGGUUUAAGUAUUCCACUCCAGUGGGAGGCUUGGGGGCUGGCCUGGCUCCCCGUGCCCACUGGGAAGCACUGCGGGUGCAAUUCCAGGGGGAGAUGGGCACCCUGAGGAGCUCCCAACACCCAGGUUAACAGUGGGACUUGGAUACUCAGCCCUGUUUGUGUUUCCAGAGUGUUCACCGGCCACAUUUCACGUAUACUAGUAGGGACUUUCUUCUUCUACAAGCCAGUGUUAUGCUCAAAGGCUUUUCUGGGGCAGGGUGCAGUAGCUGGUCACAGUGAAGGUGGAUUUGCUUUCUUCAAUUAUCCUUUUUUGUUUUUUUUUUUAAUUAUUUUCAUCAAAAAGAAUAUUUGUAUGGAGCUGCUCUUGGCAUACAUCCACUUCGUAUGCCUGGUUUUGGUGGGCUCUUUUUAAAAAAGAAUUUGAUGCCUGUCUUUAACUGCCACGUUUUUCUCCUGACAUGAAUGAUUUUGACUUCCACCCUGAGCUUUGGCACACAAAGGGGAUCCUUGUUUUAGCCUUUUGCCUCCAUCUUGAGUUUCCUUUCAUGGAUUUGCAAAGCAUCUUUCACCACCUGAGCAUAUCUGGACUCUGACCAAGGACCACCAUUUCCAGAACUGUCUGGAGAAGUGUUCCAGCACUUUUCUGAGGACGCUUUGGCUUUCUCUUCUGCUGGGGGCUCCUUUCUGUCAUUUUCUCGCUGUGUGUUUUCUUAGAGACACUUUGCACAGAAUCACAUUUAUGACUUUUUUGUGCCUUUUGCAUGUUGGAAAGAAUGAUGGGCCUCACUGCUACUCAUGCUUUGAAAACUGAGAUCUUCAAUAAACCGUAUGGGAGGAGUAACUGCUUCACAUUGCU